GCGUAGGAGGGCGUGCAUGUUACGUCCUGACGUAUUUCCGUUUCUGCCUGCGCCCCCCCCCCCCUUAGUGUUUGGUUGGACCGGCUUGUUGUGGGGCGGGCGGGGUUAGGUUGUUUGCUAUCUAGGAGCUCCGCGAAUAGGAGGGUAAGUCGAGCUCCCCGGAGACGCUCAUCUGACGCCUCUGCCCGCGCUCGGCCUUCACCACCCACAGCCUGGAGGCGCGCCUGCUUCGGCCUCCCGAAUGGUGCGUCCUUGCGCAGGCCUCGGCCCAGCAUCCAGGUCCCUUUUCCCCCCUGCCUCGGGGCUGUGGCUCUGGCGACUCCUGGGGGAUUCCCUGUGGUGCGGAGGGAAGAGAGUGUGCUUACAGCCCUCAGUUCCCGGAACCCCCCGCAUUUGGAACCUCAGCCUCUAACCGCGCAAGGGACCUUCUUGUGCGCCCAGUCUGCCUUUUGAUCCGAGAAGCCUUCUUCUUGCCAUCCAAAGCCCAAGAAGUCCCCAACUGGGGCCCUGGUCCCAGCAUGUCGGUCCUGCCCUGUGCCUAGGGCUCUGCCCUUCGGGGGCCGAUGGCAGAGUUUAGGCAGGUCCCAGGGGGACGGGAGACACCACAGGGCGAGCUGCGGCCUGAGGUGGUGGAGGAUGAAGUCCCCAGAAGCCCAGGGACAGAGGACCCUGUUGGCGGUGGCAGCAGCAGCAGUGAGUCCAAGUUGUCACCGCGAGAGGAGGAAGAACUGGACCCUAGGAUACAGGCGCUGACUCAGGCGUUGGCCUCUGGGAUGGCACUGGAGCUGCGUGGAAUGUGUCACUGCCUGCCCAAGUCAGCACCUGCAUGCCCAGCGCUGUUGCCCAGCCUGGCUGAACCUCUGCACCCUGCAGGCUUCCCUGCCUCACCCUGUCUGCUGAGGAGGAGGCCUUCCCAGGAAGAACUGGAGCACCUGAACCAGGCCAGCGAGGAGAUCAACCAGGUGGAGCUGCAGCUCGAUGAGGCCAGGACCACCUACCGGAGGAUCCUGCAGGAGUCGGCCCGGAAGCUGAACACCCAGGGAUCCCAUCUGGGCAGCUGCAUCGAGAAGGCACGGCCCUACUACGAGGCACGGAGGCUGGCUAAGGAGGCGCAGCAGGAGACCCAGAAGGCAGCGCUGCGCUACGAGCGGGCCGUGAGCAUGCACAACGCAGCGCGAGAAAUGGUCUUUGUGGCUGAGCAGGGCGUCAUGGCUGACAAGAACCGCCUGGACCCCACAUGGCAGGAGAUGCUGAACCACGCCACCUGCAAGGUGAAUGAGGCCGAGGAGGAGCGACUGCGGGGUGAGCGGGAGCACCAGCGGGUGACGCGGCUGUGCCAGCAGGCAGAGGCCCGGGUCCAGGCCCUGCAGAAGACGCUCCGGAGGGCCAUCGGGAAGAGCCGCCCCUACUUUGAGCUCAAGGCCCAGUUCAGCCAGAUUCUGGAGGAGCACAAGGCCAAGGUGACAGAGCUGGAGCAGCAGGUGGCCCAGGCCAAGACCCGCUACUCAGUGGCCCUGCGAAACCUGGAGCAGAUCAGCGAACAGAUACAUGCACGUCGCCGCGGCCUGGUCCACCCACGUGGCUCACGGCGCUCAUCCCCGGUAGGCGCUGAGGCCGGGCCACAGGGCCUCGAGGAAGCCGACAGUGGGGCUGAGGGUGCAGAGAGCGGCCUGGAGGAGGUGGGCCUGGGCCCUGGCUCCGCCCCCGACACGGACACGCUGAGCCUGCUGAGCCUGCGCACCGUGGCCUCCGACUUGCAGAAGUGCGACUCAGUGGAGCACCUGCGUGGCCUGUCAGACCACGCCAGCCUGGAUGGCCAGGAGCUGGGACCCCGGCCCGGGUCGCGGCGGGACAGUGACAGCGGGCCCCGAGGAGGCCGCCACCAGCGUAGCGUCAGCCUGUAGUGGUCAACCUGUGGCUCCUGGUCUCUGAGGGCCGCACAGCACCCCAGGCUGUGUCCUCCUGCUGUGAGGGCCUGAGUGUCUCUGGGGCCAUCUCACCUGGUUCCCGCCCUGGCUUCGGGGCCUCCCUCUGACCCUGGAGGCCCAGGCUGCUGCUCCCUGCCACCUGCGCCUUGCUGGGCUUCCUCUGUGUGACUGCUCGUUGCCCUCACCCAGCUGUCCCUGGGAUCCUUGGUCUGGAGGACACAGGAAGCUCUGUGGAGGAAGUGAGCCCCAGUACGGCCAGCCCUCCACGCUGUGUGUGACCUGCAGGACAGACUUCGAGCCGCAGGAAGCCUGAGGAUGCAGUGUUGGGGACAGGAGCCAGCCCAUUGACCACAGGGCCUGAGGGACCCUCACCACUCCAUACUGGCCUUUUGUGAGGUAGACCCUGGGCAGCUGUGCUUAAAUCGCCAAGGUGCUAGCAGGUCCCUCGGUGCUGUGUGGGCUGGGCAUGCUGAGAACCUGGGGUCCCCUGCUGGCCUGGUGCCCUCUCACAGGGACAUUUGGAACUGGGUGCUCAAUUGCUCUCUCUGGAUUGAGUGAUACCCCCUGCAGCCUCCCUGGUCACAAGCUUGGCCCCCUGGUCCAGGGCCUUGGUUGAGGAAGCUUGGGCUGGCAAGGCCCUGUCUUCGAGGCAAGUCAUUGGUCAGGAGCGCGCUGAGCAGUGCUCAUGCCCUGGAGGGCUGGUUCUUCCUGUCAGGACCGGCUCAUAUUUGACACGGGUUUCCUGGUUUUGGGAUGAAGGGGCGGUCACAAUGAGAACCUUGGGGGUUUGAGGUGGCCACGAGUGAGGUGGAGUGAGGCUGGGAGGAUGGGCGUGCGUGCGUGCAUGUGCUGGUGUGUGUGGGAGAGGGUCUGCCCUGGUUUAUUUAAAUAAAUAGUUUAUGUACGAGU